UGGUGACCGGCUCCUUCUAGACCAAUCACAGCACACCAUCUGUAAACAUGGCAUCUCAGUGCAAGUUGGCGUUUAAAGUCAUUGUGAUUUGCACAUGCUUGCUCUAUAUAUUAGCUGCAAAUAGUGCAGGUAAGCCAAAGAAAAAGAAGGACAUUCGAGACUACAAUGAUGCGGACAUGGCGCGGCUCCUGGAGCAGUGGGAGAAGGAUGAUGAUAUUGAAGAAGGGGACCUUCCUGAGCACAGGCGCUCUCCUCCGCCUGUGGAUUUCUCAAAGGUGGAUCCCUCCAAGCCAGAGGACCUCCUCAAGAUAUCAAAGAAAGGCAGAACUUUGAUGGUCUUUGCAACAGUGUCGGGAGAUCCUACCGAGAAGGAGACUGAGGAGAUCACUGGCUUGUGGCAGGGAAGCCUCUUCAAUGCCAACUAUGACAUUCAGAGAUUUGUGGUGGGCUCAAAUAGGGUAAUCUUCAUGCUGCGAGAUGGCAGUUUGGCUUGGGAAGUCAAAGACUUCCUUGUGGCCCAGCAACGGUGUGCAGACGUUACAGUGGAGGGACAAGUGUUUCCAGGGAAAGCUACUGAGAAGGACAAAACAAACGACACCAUGCCGAAUGAAAUCCUCAAGAAAAAAGGCAGAAAAAAAGAGAGCAAAGCGCCAGAUGUGAACAGAAACGAUGCCAGCAAUCUCAAGCUGGAGCUGUAAUGGCAUUCAAAAUGGGAAGCUGAUGAGCCACUUUCCAUUUCCUGCUGACAUGGCAGAUCCUCCUUUCAGCAUGUGCCUGAGAAUCAUGAUCAAGGAUUGUAGGAACACAGAAAGCAAUUAGUGUCAUCUCAGAGAUAUAAUGGAUUCAAGGAAAUUUAUUUGACAUCUUUAAUAUUGACAUUUUUACUCAUUGAGUAUUUUUGGAAAAUCUUGCAAUUAAAGAGAUGUUUAAAUCUGUUGUGUUUAAAAUAUGUCAGUAAUAUCAUUCUAUAGAGAUUUCUGCUUAUUAAGUAUCGUCAGUGAACACCAAUCAAUGGUACUAGUUGUUUUGUUUCAAUACAGUAACACUUGAUGAGGGUAUGUCCUGGCCUCUGUUCCUAGUGACUCACUGUAAUGUGAGCACAUGCAGUGCUGAUCCAGUUUUUUUUUUUCACAGAAAAUGGUAAUAAAGAAACAUUUUUAAAGUUUUGA